CGCACCUCCUCUUCCUACUCCGAGCUCAACCCCACCCGAUUCCGCCGGCGAGAAUCUGCCGGGGAAUCGCUGAUCCAGGAUGGCCGCCAACUUCUGGGCGUCGUCGCACAGCAAGCAGCUGCUGGACCCGGAGGAGGUGGACGUGGUGCCGGCGGCGGACCGGGAGCGGGGCAUCACGCCGGUGGAGUUCCGCCUCGUCAAGAUCCACAUGUCCUUCCAUAUAUGGCGGUUGGCCCAGCAGGUGAAAGUUAGGCAAAGAGUCAUAGCUACUGCGAUCACAUACUUCAGGCGUGUCUAUACAAGAAAGAGCAUGACGGAGUAUGAUCCUCGUUUGGUAGCACCAGCUUGUUUGUAUUUGGCAUCAAAGGUGGAGGAAAGCACAGUGCAAGCAAGGCUUUUAGUAUUUUACAUCAAGAAGAUGUGUGGUUCUGAUGACAAAUACAGAUUUGAAAUCAAAGAUAUCCUUGAAAUGGAAAUGAAGCUCCUGGAAGCAUUGGACUAUUAUUUGGUUGUUUACCACCCAUACCGUCCUCUUUUACAGUUAUUGCAGGAUGCUGGCAUAACAGAUCUGACACAGUUUGCCUGGGGCCUUGUCAAUGAUACUUACAAGAUGGAUCUUAUUCUCAUCUACCCUCCAUAUAUGAUUGCAUUGGCCUGCAUAUACAUUGCAAGCGUUCUUAAAGAUAAGGACACGACUUCCUGGUUUGAAGAACUCCGUGCUGACAUGAACAUUGUAAGUGCUAGAUUGAUAUUUUUCCAAUCAUUGAUGAUUUGGCUCUGUCCUUGUAUUAAUCCAUCGACAUUCGUUUGCAAUACUCAGGUUAAGAAUAUUUCUAUGGAAAUCUUGGACUUCUAUGACACCUACAAGAUUGAUCCUAACAGGGGUCUCCAGGAGGACAAGAUUGUUCCUGUGAUGAACAAGUUGCCAUCAAAGGCCUGAAGCCAGGUUUUGCGCCAAUUUCGGUAUGAUCGAUUAACCACCUUACACUUCGAGAUAUUGGGCAAAUUCGGAGGGGAGGUUUGCGGAAUGCCCCGUGGACUUGGAGGAGGGCGUUAACUUGAUAGGCGUAAGUUAUUCUGCACGAUUGUUAUCCCAAUGUAGAGGUAGUGUAGUUGAUGUGCUUGUAACAGUCUCUUUGUAGUUCAUGUGCUUGUAACAGUCUCUUUAACACUUGGAUCUGUACUUCCUAUAUCGUACAAAAAACUAAGGCGGUUUGAGUCCUGUUUGUUGAAUUGUUCUUUGAGGCCAUACAUCAUGUAAAGACUGCCUCGGUUUGGUUGUAUAACUCUGCAUUUGCAGAGUCA